ACCACACUCGUUCGUCCACCCACUGCGCCGUUUAUGCGCGUUUUGCAUUGAUUUGUUACGAUAGCUUGUGGCUAACUUAAUUGAAUUUAGCGUCGGGGUGGCGGCAGUGGCGGCUUUGUCUAUUUGCUGGAACGCGGGGGUAAUGGCUACUGACAGAGAUUAGACUGUGUUCGUCCUCAACUGGAAUCCAUGCUAUUCCCACAUCGUGGCUCCCACACCAUGUUAUAGUCGGAGCCCGCUUCAUGCGUGACAUUAAUGGAUAAUCGCUGGCUGAGGUGGGACAUUUUACGGCAGGCACCAGGGGGCCACUGAGUUUGAGCCAAAAUGUCUGAAGUGUUGUUCCAAACGUUCGGGGUUGAGUUCAGUCCUGUUGUUGGUGGUGUUUUGUCUAACUAGGAUGUGUACGGUCUCCUGCAGUUAUUUACACGGCCAGUGCAGCGUUUACUCAGACUUGUCAGCUGCUUCCAUUUCCGCGGCUUUUCUCGCCGGUGAUGCGGUGAUUACGCGGCACGGUUAGCCACACACUCAUUGGGCAUUCGCUGCAUGCGCUGGAGCCCGGAGCCCUGCUUUCUCCUCACCGCUGCAGGCAGCUAGCAGCCGAAGCUAAGUCCUCCAGGAGAAAAGCAACUUGGAACAGUCGCGUGAGCCCGGAGGAGGGUUCGUGGGGAUGGACGCUAAAGGUAGCUCUCUGCCUUCGAUGCCCGAACCAGCCAACCCAAUCAGCAUGAAGCAGCCACCAGAGUCCCUCAGUGUCCGGAAGGGUCGGGGGGACAUGAGCAGUGACCCUGCUCUGCUCAUGGACAAAGCUGCUGCACAGCUGGCUGCCACACUACAAGACGGUGUCCUUCAGAAGAUGGCCGGCCACAGUCACAACAACCACAGCCACGAGAGGCUCAAAGACCUCACCUCCCGGGUGCUGAACGGAGACCAGGACGCGCUGCCAAAGCUUUGCGCCCCAGAGCCACCGAUGCUGAAAGGUGCAGAAGCCCCGGCCACCAAUGGCACCCACCAGCACAACUGCACUCCUCAUACAGAACCCGAGCUGAAGGUGACGAUACCCCAGGUGGUCACGCAGCCGCUGUUUGAACCCUGCUGUGCCAAUGGGACCAGUUUGUCCACAGCCAGUGAAGGUUCUAUAUCUGGACCUGAGAUGAGACAGGACGAGAAGAAAAGGAGAGGGCGACCUCAAAAACCAAAACCUCAACCAAACCUCACUUCCUCCCUAAUGGCUCUGGAGCAAAUUGACCACACGGAUGCUGCAGAUGGAGAAGGAGAAGAAGCAGAUGCAGCAGAUGCAGCAGAUGCAGAUGAUGAGUUUGAACUCAUCCCAGAGUUGUCUGUGGAGGUCACAGCGUCUCCUUUCCUGGUUGGUUUCUCUGUUGGCGACGUGGUUUGGACUAAAGUGUCGGGAUACCCCUGGUGGCCCUGCAUGGUCACCACAGACCCGGAAUUCAACACUCACUUCAAACACAAACCGAAAGCGCCCAGAAUCAGAGGAGGCCUCCUUUACCACGUACAGUAUUUUGGAGACGCUCCAGAAAGAGGCUACAUAUUUGAGAAGAACAUUGUGUCCUUCACUGGAGAAGAUCAAUACCAGGAGCUCAGCCAGCGCAACAGACGGACUCAGAACAACUCCUGCGGCAUCCACAAAACCGCGGCUCCAUCCGUGCCACGGAAAGUCCAGGCCCAGUGGAACAUGGGCAUCAUCCAGGCCAAGGAGGCCGUCGGCAUGUCACUGGAGGACCGCACGAUGAACUUCACGUUUGUGUACGACGACGAGGGCCCUCACCUGAACCCCCUCAUCCUGGAGAAAUUGAAACCGAGACCGGACAGCGAGACGAACCAGGAGACGGCGUCGCGGCUCAGUCCAGGUCUUCCCUCCGUGCUGGAUUCUUCCACCACUAAUCCAGAUAAUCAGCCUGAGAAGAAAAAGAGGCGACCCCGACAGACUCAGCCUCCCACCAAGACGGUCAGGAGAAGGAAGAAGUCCGCAAAGGACGACUCUUCUGACACCGUGAAGAAAAGGAAAUCAAAGCUGGUUCCUUCAACUGACGAAGCAGCGGUCUCAGUUCCAGUGAAGAGGGAGAGAAAGAAGAGCGUUAAAAGGCAGCUAACGGACGCGGCGGUCGACAAGACUCAGCAACCGAAGAAAAGACGUAAAAUAAACACAGACACUGAAAAACAAGCCUUGAAUUCGGACGGAACGGAGAAGAAGCGAAGGCGACGGAAGAAAACUGACGUGACAGACGUCAAAGAGAUCAAGAGAAGACAGAGGAAAUCAAAAGACCCCCUCACUGGCGACCAAGACGCAGAGAAACCAAAGCGCAGGAGGAAAAGGAAACAGGAUGGAGAGAGCCAGGCCACGCCUGCGAAAGCAAAGAAGAGGAGGACUUCACCAUGUCCUGAUCCUGAGGGAUCUGGAAGUGAAGGACGUCCGGAUUCUCCCAGCGACAGCUUAGACGGGACAAAGAAAGGCGAACGCAAGAAAGAGUUUGUCUGCCAGAUGUGUGAGCAGGCUGGUGAGGACUUGGUGGCGUGCGAAGGCCAAUGCUGCGGCAUGUUUCACCUCCACUGUCUGGGUCUGUCCUUCAAACCUGACGACAAGCUGCUGUGUCAGGAGUGCAGCUCAGGAAUCCACUCGUGCUUCACCUGUAAACAGUCGGAGGGAAAGGUGCGCCGCUGCCACGUCCCGCACUGCGGCAAGUUCUACCACGAGGCGUGCGCCCGCCUCAACCCCCUCACUUUAUUCGACAACAAGGGCUUCCGCUGUCCACUCCACACCUGCCUGAGCUGCCACUACGGCUGCCGCACCAAGCACAAGUCCACCAAGGGAAGGUUAAUGCGCUGCCUCCGCUGCCCGGUGGCGUAUCACGUCGGUGACCUGUGUGUGGCCGCGGGCAGUGAGAUGAUCACCAACACUGCCAUCAUCUGCACCAACCACUUCAACGCCAAAAAGGGCUACAGCCACCACAGCCACGUCAACGUCAGCUGGUGUUUUGUCUGCUCCAAAGGAGGUCAGCUGCUGUGCUGCGAGUCCUGUCCGGCCGCUUUUCACCCCGACUGCCUGAACAUCGCGAUGCCCGACGGCAGCUGGUUCUGCAACGACUGCAGAGCCGGAAAGAAACCCAAAUACAGAGAUAUCAUCUGGGUCAAACUGGGAACAUACAGAUGGUGGCCCGCAGAGAUCCACCACCCGCGAAACAUCCCCACCAACAUCCAGCACCUUCGCCACGAGAUCGGAGAGUUUCCCGUCUUCUUCUUCGGCUCCAAGGAUUAUUUCUGGACUCACCAGGGCCGCGUGUUUCCCUACAUGGAGGGAGACAGAGGCAGCAAACACCAGAGGACUGGCAUCGGCAAAGUCUUUAAGAACGCUCUGUUGGAGGCUGAAGCUCGAUUCAAGGAGAUAAAAAUGAAACAGGAGGCCAAGGAAGCACAAGAGUACAGUCGAAAGCCGCCGCCAUACAAAUUUAUCAAGGUCAACAAACCCUUCGGCAAAGUUCAGGUCUACACCGCCGACAUUUUCGAGAUCCCCAAGUGCAACUGCAAGCCGACGGACGAGCGGCCGUGCGGCUUUGAGUCGGAGUGUCUGAACCGCAUGCUGCAGUACGAGUGUCACCCGCAGGUCUGUCCCACCGGAGAGCGCUGCUGUAACCAGGACUUCACCAAACGCCUUUACCCGGAGACCAAGAUCAUCAAGACGCCCGGCAAAGGCUGGGGCCUGGUCGCGCUGCGGGACAUCAAGAAGGGCGAGUUUGUGAAUGAAUAUAUCGGAGAGCUGAUCGACGAGGAGGAGUGCAGGGCGAGGAUCAAUUACGCCCAUGAAAACAACAUCACCAACUUCUACAUGCUCACAAUCGAUAAGGACCGGAUCAUCGACGCCGGGCCGAAGGGGAACUACUCUCGCUUCAUGAACCACAGCUGUCAGCCCAACUGUGAGACGCAGAAGUGGACGGUGAACGGCGACACGCGAGUCGGCCUCUUCGCCGUCUGUGACGUCCCAGCAGGAACCGAGUUGACCUUCAACUACAACCUGGACUGUCUGGGCAACGAGAAGACGGUGUGUCGCUGCGGCGCUCCGAACUGCAGCGGCUUUCUCGGCGAUCGGCCCAAGAACUCAAACGGCCACACAGCCGACGCGAAGGGAAAGCGGGCGAAGAGAAAGUACAAGCGGAGGAAAGCGGAGGGAAAGAAGAAGUCGGAGGACGACUGUUUCCGCUGUGGCGACGGCGGACAGCUGGUGCUCUGCGGCAAGAAGACGUGCACCAAAGCGUAUCACCUGUCCUGCCUCAACCUCACCAAGAGACCCUUCGGACGCUGGGACUGUCCCUGGCACCACUGCGACGUCUGUGGGAAAAACUCUGAGGCGUUCUGCCAGCUCUGCCCCAACUCCUUCUGCAAGGCUCACCAGGAGGGGGCGCUGCGUCCCUGGCCGCCCACGGGGCAGCCUUGUUGUCAGGAGCACGAGGAGCCGGAGGGAGCGGCCGACCCGGACAAGGGUGCCGACGCGGAGACGAGCGGCGCCGCCGCCACCGCCGGCCGUUCCGCGAAGGCCUCCAGGAAAACGGAAGGGGCCAAAACGAAGGCGUCGAAGAGGAAAGCGGCAGAGGCCUGACGUGUGAACUUUGACCCCCUCAAAGUAGACUCUGACGCCUGCUUCUUCCGUCACAAAUGACUAAAAAAAAAACCCACGUAACAAAGUCUGCGAGGCGCUGAGGGUUUUCAUCGUCAGCGCCCACACUCCAACUUCCAGCGCUCACAUUUUCAGGUUCAUUUCCACGCUGACGUGGUAAAGCAGCAGGACUCAGUCCACCAACAACCAAACUGCCCGUUCAUGUCUCUAUUUUAUUUUUCCCUUGUCCUCGUUAUUCCUUUUUACUUUCCCGAUCCUUAAAACAACAAAAGGAACCGGUACGCUAACGCCGCCGCCGUCGUCUGCUAACUUGAGUCCUGUUCUCACUCACUCACUUGAACAGCAGAGAUUUUAGAGCUAUAUCUAUAUAUUUGUUUAUCAAAGUGAGACGAGUGAAACAUCAAACACGUUGCCAAAUGGAUUUAUUUUCAUUUUAUACAUAUGUGUGUGUGUGUGUCAGAUGUUACAUGGAACACCAGGACACUAUAAAUAGGCCUCACACGACCUCUUUACUCUAACUUCGUAGCCGUAGGCUAUAUUUAACUGUAGCUUUGUGUUUUUUCUCUUCCAGUCUUAGCUCAGUUUCACUCUUUUUUUCUUUUUUUUUACAAUCAGGAUGCUGAAUAAAGGCGCUUAAAAACCGUUAAUCUACCUGCCCGCUCCAGGAAACGAGGGAUGAGAGAGGUGCGAGGUGCGUCCGGUGUGAACACAGCGUUGCGCUACAUCCACGCGACUCGGAGAAGUUAAAGAAACGCUGCUAGCUCUGGGUUUGCGUCGCUGCAGGAAACGAAUGAUCCAGCUUCCUGGUCGGCCGUCGUCGUCGUCGUCUGUGAAACGUUUUUGAAAACCACUGCAGAGGAAACGACGCCUUCCUGUUGUGUCGGUGUGGACGGAGCUUUUAACGACUGUUGGCGCUCGGUGUUUGAACAGAUAAAUGAAGGAAUGACGAUGUUAUGCUGUCUGUUUUGUUUUGUGUUUGUUUGUUUUUUGUCACUGAAGAAUCCGAAAUCUGCGAUACAGCGAUGUUUUAAAAACUGGCACGUCAUGCUGUUGGGAGUCUGGACGCGUUUCACCGUCACUGUUUGAACUUUUUAUCACUGGUUAAUGUCGUUACGUCGUUCCUCUGUCGAGGGCUGGACCGAGCUAACAUGUUUUUCUUUCUUUUUCUUUUUUAAAUUUUCACUUUACUCAGUGAGGCUCAAGAAAACUCAACUCCUGUGCUGCUGUACUUUGUUUUUUACGUGUACCUGACUCCAGCUGCACUGAAUCCUCUUGAAAACGGUUUAUAAUGAACACAAUUGCUGCCCAAAGAUCAGGCUGAGGUUCCGGAGCGCGAAACACGGCUGGAGUUCUCGGUGGUGACAGGCGUCCGUGAACGUCGGGAGCCACGGUUUAGUUUAAAGAGCUUUUUUUUAAUUACGCUAAUUUCCGUGUUUAUCUUGUAUUCCAGUUGCUUUCUGCGUUCGCACAGAUGUCGAGUCUUCGAGUUCGAAGUCCGACAAACCCAGUGCUCAUACGUGUACAACUCGGUGCUUAAAGGAAACACGAUUCAGGGUUAAUUUUCUGUGAGAAAUCAUUGUUACUUUAAUGGGUGAAAUGCCAAGUAUGACCCCGGCCUUUAAAAACACGGUGAGCGACAUUAAAAUCUUUCAUUUCAGGUGGAAAAAAAUGUUGCAGAAAAGCCUAAAAUGACUGACUUGAUCUUGAGGUUUUUAAAUCUGUGUUGUAGCAACACAUGUACAGUCACUGUUUAGUCCAAUCCGCAGGUUUAAAAAGUGUUUUUUGAAGUGAGGUCGUGACAGUCUGAAGUGUGGCGACAACUGGUCACACGAUGUCAAUUAACUUCACUGCUUCAUCUUCCCAUUCGAUGUCCUUUUUUGGGCAUAAAACUAAAGUUUGUGUCACGUUGUGAAAUCAGUGAUUUUUGAACAUCACAGCACACAGUGAUGUUUGUCCACUGCUGCCUCGGUCAGUGAGUCCAUGUGUCCUUAUUUUGUGACUUCUGAGUGGCCACUUUACAAACAUCUGUGCACUUCUCUUUUAGACUUGGAUACUGAAUGUAGUUUUUUUUUUUAAGGAAGAAAAAACUAAACUAAAUUGCUUAAAGAG